AUGGAAAAUUUUACGCUAUCGUUAUUUAUACUCGGUGGUAAGAAUGUAUAUGAAUUCACUCGGUUGAAUAUCAGUCAAGCAUUCCCAAGUUUAACUACAUCGAAUAAAAUAACAUCGAAUAACAAUGAGAAUGUAAUUGAAGAAGAUAAAUUUCAAAUAGAUCGUGUAUUGAAACAUGCAAGUGUAAUUGAUUGUCAGUAUGGAUUUAUGUCUGAAGACUGUACAGGUGUUAUACGGAAAAUAAAAUAUGAUUCAGCAACAGAUACAUUUAUAGGAUUUUCGACACCAUUAAUAUCCGGUUUACCAUCAUACAAACAUUUUCAGACAGAUUCAUUCGAUGAGUUGAAAAACUGGUUUUCAACUUGCGAAAAAGCUCAACUAUUGAAUGUACAUAUGUUCCAAUCGAUCACAAUAAAUUCAGUUCUCUCUUCAACUUAUUUAUUAUCAGCAUAUGGUACAAACAGUAAAUCUACAUCGAAUGCUAUAUGGCGUAGAUGGAUAUUUAUACAUGAUGAAUGUCACUCGAAAGAACUCAAAAUUAUUGGUUUUUCAACGCAUUGCGAUGGAAAGUAUCUUGGAUGA